UCAGGCUGUAAUAUAAGUGUUGAAGCACAAUGGCCCGGACCAAGCAGACAGCGCGCAAAUCGACCGGAGGGAAAGCUCCUCGCAAACAACUGGCGACCAAAGCGGCGCGGAAGAGCGCUCCAGCCACGGGCGGAGUGAAGAAGCCUCACCGCUACCGGCCCGGCACCGUGGCUUUGCGGGAGAUCCGGCGUUACCAGAAAUCCACCGAGCUGCUCAUCCGUAAACUGCCCUUCCAGCGCCUGGUGCGUGAGAUCGCUCAGGACUUCAAGACAGACCUGCGCUUCCAGAGCUCGGCCGUCAUGGCCCUGCAGGAGGCCAGCGAGGCUUACCUGGUGGGGCUCUUUGAGGACACCAACCUGUGCGCCAUCCACGCCAAGCGAGUCACCAUCAUGCCCAAAGACAUCCAGCUGGCCCGCCGCAUCCGCGGGGAGCGCGCUUUCCUGACUGUGAGAGAUCACUUGUGCAGAGUUGCUGAUAUGAGCGAGACCGCAGCCGCCGAAGCGGCUCCUCCGCCGGCCCAAACCAAGGCUCCCAAGAAGAAGGCGGCGGCCGCCCGGAAAAAGACCGCCGGUCCCAAGCUGGGGGAACGGAUCGACAAAAUUGUUGCGGAUUGCCAGGAACGGCGAGGAAUGUCCCUGGUGGCGGUAUCGAAGGGACUGGCCGCCAGCGGUAUCGAUGUUGAAAAAUACCACAAGCUCAUCAAGGUGACCAUCAAGAGGAAAUUGGAAACCGGCUCCCUGGUUCAGACCAAGGGCACGGGUGCCUCGGGCUCCUUCAAGGCCGCUGCGAAAGAAGGCGCCGUGAAAAUGGCAAAGAAAGCCAAGAAACCAGCGUCCAAGGUUUCGAAGACAAAAAAUCCGAUCGCUAAAAAAACCCCGUCCAAGAAACCUCCGGCAAAGAAAAUGUCCAAGAAAACUGUAAACAAGAAAUCUCCGGCCAAGAAAGUUGUAAACAAGAAACCACCGGCCAAGAGAGUUGGGGCCAAGAAACUAACACCAAAGAGGCCGGCGGCUAAGAAAUCAGUGGCCACGAAAGCGGCGCCCAAGAAGACCACGAGCCCGAAGAAGGCCCCAGUAAAAAAGACUAUAAUGGCCCGGACCAAGCAGACAGCGCGCAAAUCAACCGGAGGGAAAGCUCCUCGCAAACAACUGGCGACCAAAGCGGCGCGGAAGAGCGCUCCAGCCACGGGCGGAGUGAAGAAGCCUCACCGCUACCGGCCCGGCACCGUGGCUUUGCGGGAGAUCCGGCGCUACCAGAAAUCCACCGAGCUGCUCAUCCGUAAACUGCCCUUCCAGCGCCUGGUGCGUGAGAUCGCUCAGGACUUCAAGACAGACCUGCGCUUCCAGAGCUCGGCCGUCAUGGCCCUGCAGGAGGCCAGCGAGGCUUACCUGGUGGGGCUCUUUGAGGACACCAACCUGUGCGCCAUCCACGCCAAGCGUGUCACCAUCAUGCCCAAAGACAUCCAGCUGGCCCGCCGCAUCCGCGGGGAGCGCGCUUAAACUCCGAACCAAGGACAACAAAAGGCUCUUUUAAGAGCCACCAACCCGGCAGUGGAAAGAGCUGUGUCCUCCUGUUCAUUGUCCUCUUACAUUAUGGUCCCGGCCUUUCUUACCAGAACUGGCACCGCAGUCACAGCUGCCGAGCGGAGUCUGACCCCACGGGCUCCAGUGUCCCGGACGGACCCGGUUUCCAUGUGAAUCCCCUUGUGACGCGUUCUCGUCUCUCCAAGAACAAACACCUUUAUUGAUCAUUUCCCCCGCGUCACAUGUCAUUAUUCGGCCCUUCCACAGACACCGUGAGUGUUCCUGAAUUAAUGUCUGGGUCACUGGGUUGUUUUAUCCUUCACAUGCUCUACUCAGCUGUUCAUUAUAUCAUUACAGUGGCGGCCCGGG